GCUUAAUGCUUCCGUCGUCUGUUGCUCAAUCAACUAGAAAACAAAAGUUUCUUCUCUUAAAGUAAACCGGGAUUUUACACGGUGCUGAUGUCUUGAAUUACGGAAUGAAUUCAACAUGGCCAAGCAAAAAGGAUCAGGAAGCGUGCAAAACCGGCCAAUUUACUCGCGGCUCUCAUACCUUUACCAAGCUGCAGCGCAUCUAGGUAGUGCUAGCAAUGACCAGAAAAUCGAUGCCACGACCAAGCAAGCUCUUGAAGACGGAGCACAUUCAACAGCAAGCCAAACACAAAAGUCCGAGAGUCAUGUAAAGCAAGCGAUGGCAAGGAACUUGCUCAAAGAAUUGCGGGCUAUCUCUCACAAAACCCAGAUUCGUAUAUCUCCUGCAAUCAAGCACACCAUCUGCAAGUCUUGUGACACUCUGCUUGUUGAAGGAGACACUUGCACCUCUACGGUUGAGAACAAGAGCAAAGGCGGCAAGAAGCCCUGGGCUGAUGUCUUGGUGGUCAAAUGCAAGACCUGCGGAGGCGUGAAGCGGUUCCCCGUCCAAGCCCCUCGACAGAAAAGACGGCCGCACCGCGAGGCCAAGGCUCAAGAAGAGCAACAUCAGACAAUGGUUCAAGGAGAAAACCUCGAGGCCAUGGUUCAAGACAAGCAACCCCGGGCCAUGGUUCAAGGCGAGCAAACACAAGCCAUGGAUACCAACGACGGCUGAAUUGGAUUAUCUCCAUCGCUUCCAUGUUAUGUUGAUAUCUUUCACGACGCGCCGGUGAGGUACUAGCCAAACACGAACUUAUUGCUAAGGAACCAAAAGAGCAGUGGCUGGA